CGUCUGCUGGGGCGAGCUCAGCCGCGCCAGUUCGGCCGGCCUGUGCUGACCGCAUCCUCCGUGCCCUUGACGUCACCGGUGUAUCCUGCACCGCGGACGAGGCGAUUUGCACUGCGUCCAGCUCAACAAGCUCCUUGCAGCUGGGACGACAUGCCAACUGCCAAGCAACUAGCUGACAUUGGCUACAAGACUUUCUCCACCUCCAUGAUGCUGCUUACUGUGUAUGGGGGCUACCUCUGCAGUGUUCGAGCCUACCACUUUUUCCAGCAGCGCAGCUCCCGGCGCCAGGCUGCAGAAGAACAGAAGACCUCAGGAGUCCUGUAGAACUGGGGCUCUUUUCGUUGACCAGAGGCCUGAGGCAUGCUGUGGAAAGAGCUCACCUACAAUCAUCCAAAUCAAGAGAACCAGGGCCUUAAUGGUUUUCAAGUCCUGCUGGGGAUAAGUGUCCAUGUUUUCUCUGGAACUGCCAGUUCAAGGAGGCUAUCAAAUCGUAACAGGAAUUGGGGCAGGAGGAGGCACAUGCACAGACAUUAAAUAUUUUGUCAUGUG